GCCCGGUGGGCGGGGGCGCGGCGCGUGAAGCGGGGCGGGAGGGGCGCGGAGGGGGGAGCGAUGCUGCGCGCUUCCUUGCGCGAGGUGUCGGUGGCAUUGAAGGAAGGUCAGGUCACCCCGACCCAGCUCUGCCAGAGGUGUCUUGCUCUCAUCAGAAGCACCAAGUUCCUUAAUGCAUACAUUACGGUAGCAGAAGAAACCGCUUUGAAGCAAGCUGAAGAAUCAGAGAAAAGAUACAGAAGAGGUCAGCCACUGGGUGUUCUAGAUGGAAUUCCUGUUUCAGUAAAAGACAACUUUAAUACAGCUGGCAUUGAGACAACAUGUGCAUCAAACAUGCUAAAAGGUUAUAUUUCUCCUUACAAUGCUACAGUAGUUCAGAAAUUACUGGAUCAGGGAGCUGUGCUUUUAGGAAAAACAAACCUAGAUGAAUUUGCAAUGGGAUCUGGGAGUACGGAUGGGGUAUUUGGACCAGUCAGAAAUCCCUGGAGUUAUUCAAGACAGUACAAGGAAAAAUCUGUCUCAAAAUCCCAUUCAGAAGAUGAAGAGUCUAACUGGGUAAUAACGGGAGGGAGCUCAGGAGGCAGCGCGGCUGCUGUGUCAUCUUUCACGUGUUUUGCAGCCUUAGGGUCAGACACAGGAGGAUCUACCAGAAACCCUGCUGCUCACUGUGGUGUAGUAGGUUUAAAGCCAACAUAUGGACUGAUCUCUCGACAUGGUCUCAUUCCUCUAGUGAACUCCAUGGAUGUACCAGGAAUCCUAACGAGAUGUGUGGAUGAUGCAGCAGUUGUGUUAGGUUCAAUUGCUGGACAUGAUCCUAAAGACUCUACCACGAUUCAGGAUAACUUUAUGCCCUUUGAACUGCCUGAUUUGACUGAUGUUAGCAAGCUCUCAAUAGGAAUUCCAAAGGAAUAUCAUGCACCAGGGCUUUCUAGUGAAAUUCUGGCUCUUUGGUCAAAGGCUGCUGACCUCUUUAAGGAUGCAGGUGCUAAAGUAAUUGAAGUGAGUCUACCGCACACUCGUUACUCAAUUGUCUGCUAUCAUGUGCUGUGCACAGCAGAAGUGGCAUCAAAUAUGGCCAGAUUUGAUGGACUGGAAUACGGACACCGCUCUGACAUGAAUGAGUCCACAGAAAGUAUGUAUGCUGCAACACGACGAGAAGGGUUUAAUGACGUUGUAAGAGGAAGAAUUCUAUCAGGAAACUAUUUUUUGUUGAAACAGAACUAUGAGAAUUACUUUAUCAAGGCGCAGAAAGUCAGACGUCUCAUUGCCAAUGACUUUGUGAAAGUUUUCAGGAGUGGUGUUGAUAUUUUACUCACUCCUACCACUCUGAGUGAUGCAGUACCAUAUAUGGAGUUCAUCAAAGAAGACAACAGAACUCGCAGCACACAAGAUGACAUCCUGACACAAGCUGCAAACAUGGCUGGACUGCCAGCCGUAAGUGUUCCUACAGCUCUUUCAGAGAAAGGCUUGCCAGUUGGGCUUCAGUUCAUUGGACGUUCAUUCCAGGAGAAGCAGCUUCUCACCAUAGCCAAAUGGUUUGAAAAACAAGUAAAAUUUCCAAUGAUCCAGCUAGAAGAAGUGAAGAGGCUUGAUCAUGGUGUCUUUCAGCAUCAGAAAUCUGCUUCUUUUUCAUAACGUGGGACAGAUAAUGCAAGAAAGCCGUGGGGGUGAUGUAAAAAUGCAUUCCUGCAGUUAAUUAUCUUUUGCAGAUAUAAUAAUCCAUAUUAACAAGACCGUAUUCAAUAAUGCAGGAUGGAAUCAUGACAGGUUGUUACUGUGUAAUUAAGACAAAAUAAAUUAUUAAGUAAACAUGUCUGCAUUAUUAGGAACCAUCUCUAACAGAUAUUAAAAAUUGAAAUUAUGUAUCUAAUGUGGAGCUGCUUUUUUCCAUUCCCAAAGGUGUUCAAGAUAUCUGGCCCAUGAAAGAAUCUGAACUUUGGUGUGAAAAUUGCAUGGUUGCUAGAGUUGGUUUCCUUGUGGAGCAUAGACUCUUAAUGGCAACAACCAGACAAGCUGUAAUGGAACAUAGGUAUCAAAGAUCUGUUCACUAACAGGUAAACACAAAGGUGGACAAGGAAAUAACAUAGAGAGAAUUCAUGUAAAAACAAAAUAAUAUUAAAAAAUAAUCCCUACUUCUAGCAAACUCACGCAGGAGGUGAAGUAACCUCCAGGUUUACAAAGCUCGAAGAUUACUUUGGUUACAUCUGUUGUAAGAAUGAUGAAUUCCAAAUUUCUUUUGGGGAAAGAAGCCUAGUAGUCCUUGAGUAGUUAUCUUCUUCCUUCUAUAUAAUUUCUUUAUAAUCAACGCCUAAAAUGAACACUUGCUAGAAAAGAAAUUAUCUUCAGUGUAACUCUCCACAAGAGUAACACCACCUAUUCCUUCAUGGGCAGUCAGUAAACACAGUAGUAAUUUGAAACAGAUUUCCAAACCAUAAUGUUGGCAGACCGGAAGACCUACUUAACAACUAGGGGCCUGUUGUGAAUGCUGUAGUUUCCAUUUUUAAAGUUGAAAAAGUGUGAAGGAUUAAAUUUGUAGAUUGGUUUCUGCAUCAGAUACGCUUUCAGUCAUAGUCUAUAACAUACAUAGAUGUAAAAAGUGUAGGAUGGGGAAAAUGGUAGAGAUGUAGUUUGAUGUGAUAACAUAUAGAAUCUUGCUGGUGAAGUCUUGUUUUCGACUGUAGUGUCACCUCUAUAUAAAGAAAAUCACCUUAUUUCUGGAAAUUGCAAAUGAAUUGGUGAAUUUUUCACACCCCAAGGUGAGCUAUUCUGAUACCUUUCCCACAGAAUUAAAAUGGUGCAUGAUUAAAAAUCAUAGAUGACUAAAAUUUAAAAAGUAAAAUUAAUCUUUUAUUUUACAUGUUAAAAAUCAAGAUACACCUUGUUUCUAGUCUGAUGCUAUCUCGCUUUUUUUUUCAUAGAACAGUCUUUGAGGAAAUUGCUUUCUGUUAUUGAGUGAUGAUGAAGUGAGGGUCCCAACAGACUACUUUCACUAUUGUCUUGUUCAAUUAUUUAGGUAUGCUCUAAUCAUACUGUCACUGUAUGCAUCUUGUCUUAUAGCAGCUCGCAGCUUGCAGACUCGAGCUCUCGGUGAGAUUAUCCAUUUUCCAGGUUGGAAUACCUGGAUAUAUACUUGGAAUGCCAACCCUUUGAUUUGCAGUUCGGUCCCAAACCUGGACCUACCUCUUGCCCUUUCUAAAAGUAAAGUUCAAUGUCUUUUGCCCAGAGUUUGAGAUAAAAUCCUGACUGUGGAGAGGAAAUGCCUACUUACGCUUAGCAAUCUUUCUCUUAAAAUUUCCUGUAAUGUUAAGAUGACUCUGAUGGUAAAACUGGAUCAAGGCGAAGAUCCCCACACCAUGUUUCCUAAGGAGCUAGAGGAGAGGUAGGUGAAGGGGAACUGUUCUUACACCUGCACUACUUUUUUUUUUUUUUUAAAGCAGGGCUCUGAUUCCCAUCUCCAGCAUCUUCUAAAAGAGUAUUCAGAUGAUCAGAGCAAUUGGGUGUUCUGACACAAGGUCCUUCGGAGUUGUCUCUGUUGGUGGAUUUCUGAACAGAGAAUAAUGAUACAGUGAAAUAUACAGUAGAGAAGGUACAAACCAGACAAAUGGACAUCCAAUCUGCAACUCUGAGUAGCAUGGCAUUGGUAACUUUAGGUUAGUAGUUUAGAACCUUUGGUUCAAAGAUGGGCCUCAAAACUUCUAAACAAAACUCCUGAGUAGAUACUUUAAGUUCUGGGCUGUUAGAUUCAAAGGCAGCCCCAAUGAGGCUACUGACUUGCUCCUACUUCAGUUAUUUUGCAUUUUUGAGACCAUAUACCUCAUGUUCUUUCUGCCCGCCCCCCCCCCAAUCUAAUGCUGGAAUUUCACCAAACGAGAGGUGGGAGCUUGGGAACCACUAUCAUUGAACAAUUGGAUGUAAGCGAGAGUUCCUUAGAUUUUGUAAAAGGAUGUCUAAGAGACUUUUGCUGUCUUUAUGUUAGAAAACCAUUUCAAAGUAGUUGACUCGGGGUCCCUCACCAGUUCCUGAAGUGGCUUAGCACCCUGGCUUACCUCUAGAUGUAGCGGUUGUGAGGGGUAACUGAGCAGAGCUUUGUGCAGCUGCUGCCAGUGCCAAGUCGCGGCUCCAGAGUUAUAAACAGUAAAGUUUUAUGAUGGAUCAUUAGACUCUCAAAACCCCUUGCUACAGAAGUAGAGGAAUUUCAGGUCUGGGGGUAUAAAAAUAGGGGGGAAAAAACGCUGCCUGUACAAACCUUUUGUACAGCUGCCUUGAAAAACAAUUUGCUGAAAUAAUAGAGUUGCAAGUUUUAUGGCAUUGCAGCAGAGCCACAGCAGGGCUUAGGUGUGACCUUAGCACACAGUGAGCCCUGAUACUUUCAGUGUUUCCUGAAGGAAAUGAAAGCUAGAGCUUCAGCAAACAAGCAAUCUGCUGAAAUGUUUAGGGGGGCAAAAUUUUUUCUGCAGGUAAUGAGAAACUGUAAGGACAUUGUAUAGUGGAAAAGUUAUUUUUGAAAGAAAAUUGUUAAGAGCUUUUGCUGUAAAAUGUUUAAAAUACAACUGUAAUCUGAUGUUGCAGUUUAUGUGGUUUCCAUAUAUGUGGUUUUCCCUCACCCUCCUUAACAGACUCAUUGUAAGGAGAAAUUCAAAGCAAUAUUUAAGUUGGCUGCUGCUAUUUUAUUCCUGCAUUUCUGUUCUCAGGCGUUCAUUUCUGUUUUCGUGUAAAAGUGGUAGGGAAAUAAAAAAAACUUAGAGUAGCAAAAAAAGUGUAAUUUA